AUGGCAUCAGCUGCCACAACACCCAUACAUCGUUGGUGCAAUAACCAAGAGUGCUCUUAUCAGAUUCAAGAGACUAAACUUGACAAGCUAGCUACUAUACAUAUAGCCUCAGCGGAGAGCGAUGCAGAAAUAAAUCUGUCACUGACAGAUGGCUAUGAUGCCUUCUCUCGAGCCAAGAGAGAUUCGGAGUUGCAAUGCCCUGGCAUUGUGUCUUGUGCUAAUGUUAUGGCCAUUGCCUCUACAGACUUGGUGGGAGGUGAAAAAAGGAAGAAGAGAUGGGCUAAUUUCCAAGGCUUCAAGGGUGGAUGGGAACCAUCCUCAAGAGAACAAGCCAUCCCUCUACUAAUCUCACUCUACAAAUCCAAAGGCGUAUCUAUUCUACACAUGAUGGCCUUAUCAAGUGGACACAACAUGGGGUUUCUCACGCUGCAAGGAAUUCAUGCGAAGAAUUUAUGGCUACAACAGCACAUUCGACAUGCACUAACAAUGAACCAAGAACAUGCACUGACCCUUCGUGGUCCUCGUCCUCAGAAACAUCGACUUGAUCCUACUGUGGUUGCCCUUAGUGAUGUAGCAACCCCAUUUAACUCUUACAAUGCUUAUCAACAAAACCUUAAAAAAGUUCUUGGGUGGCUUGCAACUGACCAAAUGUUGGGUUUGGACCUGUUAACUCGAGUUCCUUUGUUGCAAUCAUGA